GUAUAUUAUCGCCGCCAGCUAUGAUAGAUCGACGACACGUCCAUCUUGACUCUGCACUACGUACACCCCAUCUGCUGCGGUGGGCUUUGAGUGGCUAGUCCCUCUUCCUCACCUAUGUUAGUAUCAUGUUAGUAUAUUCACUAUUCUGCCACUGUUAUGGAAAGACUGGUUAUGACAGCCAUCGAACUCGUUUCCUCCCGAAGUAACCGCUUUCUGCUUCACGUCUCGAAAACGGCCUUCUUGUUGCUGACGCGCCACCUUAACUGCGAUCGUUAUUAUUUUGAAACUAUUUGGGUCAUAAAAACGCCUAGAUCUACAGGCGCUAGGGGAAAAGGGAGCAAUAAAGAAAACAUGUGAAGGCCACCAUGUGACCACCAGAUUUGAACUGACUUGUUGUCCUUUGCUCAUAUACCAGAUUCCCGAACCACGACUUCUACAUUGUUAUUCACUCUUGUUUCCAUUGCAGCCCGACUCAACAUCCGACCUGCAACCAUGCGGAAGGUGCUCAAGCGAGAUGCUACUGAGCUUGGGAGCCCCGACGAGGUGCCCAUCGCGAAAAGGCAGAGGUUAUCUCUCUCCAGAACGCAUGAGCUAAAUGACGAGUACUCUCAAGAUAUCCUCAAAUAUAUGAAGCACAUAGAGGCCCAGACGAUGCCCGACAUGAGCCGCUUCCCGGCUGGGAUAAAAGAAAUGAGACCGGACAUCGUCCGAUAUCUCCAAGUGGCUCAUGCUAUGCUUGGCCUCCUUCCAGAAACGCUGUUUUUAUCGGUCAACAUUGUCGACAGGUUCUGCUGUGAACAAAGCUUCUGUGGGAAGGCAUACUACAAGUUGAUCAGCUGUACUGCAUUAUGGAUUGCAUCCAAGUACAUUGAAGAAAAAGGGCGGGUACCAUCUCUUCCACGGCUUAUGUGGUUCAUUUCCGAAGGGUGUUAUCGAGAAAAGAGACUCUUCUUUCGGUUAGAAAUGGACAUUCUUACUGAACUGAAGUGGCGCGUAAACCACCCAACCCCAUAUUUCUUCAUUCAGCUUCUUGAGAUGGACGACGAUAACGAAGCUGCAGUGAGGGAGUUGGCAGUGGAUAUUUGCAAAGCCAACUUGGCUAAUAACGAACUGAUAGGCGCUAGGUUAUCUGUUCUGGCUCGUCAAUGUUUGCUAUUUGCCGGCGAUGGCUCGCUCGGCGUCAAUAGCCAAUUUGGCCACUGAUUUGGUCGGCUGACUCUCUAGAACGGCAGCAGUCAGUCUCUGGAUGGAUAAAGCUCAGUCUGAGUUAAUAGCCGCUUAUCAGCUUUAAUGAUGAACUAGUCGUAUUCUAGAGGCAACGAGAAUAUCAAUCGUGUCAUGAUGUUGCUCAAGAAAACACGUCUUGUGUCAUUUUGCUGAA